AUGACUGAGCUUAGCUCCUCGAGUCUCGACUCUGCCUCGCAGAAGCCAAGGAUCUCCACCGGAAACCAACCUCCUCCUCUUACCGAGACUGGACACGUCAACAUCGGUGUCUCCGCCGGUGAAGCUCCUCCAUCUCCGGCGAGACCCGCCGACAAAAUCCGGAAAAUAACAGUGCUUCCAUUAGUUUUCCUGAUAUUCUACGAAGUCUCAGGCGGUCCGUUUGGGAUCGAAGACACUGUGAAAGCAGCUGGACCAUUGUUAGCCAUCCUAGGAUUCAUCGUCUUCCCUUUCAUAUGGAGCAUCCCCGAAGCACUCAUCACCGCGGAGAUGGGAACGAUGUUCCCGGAGAACGGAGGUUACGUCGUGUGGGUCUCCUCCGCGUUAGGACCUUACUGGGGAUUUCAACAAGGCUGGGUUAAAUGGCUAAGCGGCGUCAUCGACAACGCUCUCUAUCCGAUUCUCUUCCUCGACUACCUCGAAUCCGGAAUCCCGAUUCUCGGCGGCGGGAUCCCUCGAAUCGCCGCGAUCUUUGUGUUGACUGUCGCGUUGACUUACUUGAACUACAGAGGUUUAAGCAUCGUUGGUUUCGCAGCUGUUCUUCUCGGCGUUUUCUCGAUCCUUCCCUUCGCGGUGAUGACUUUCAUGUCGAUUCCAAAGAUCGAGCCUUUGAGGUGGCUUGUCGUUAGCAAGAAGAUGAAAGGCGUUGACUGGAACUUGUACCUCAACACUCUCUUCUGGAAUCUCAACUAUUGGGAUUCGAUCAGCACGCUUUCCGGUGAAGUCGAUAACCCGACUAAAACGCUACCGAAAGCUCUGUUUUACGCUCUGUUUCUUGUCGUGCUCUCUUACAUCUUCCCGGUUUUGUCCGGGACUGGAGCUUUGCCUCUUGAUCAGAAGCUGUGGACCGACGGUUACUUCGCUGAUGUCGGUAAAGUGAUAGGAGGAGCUUGGUUGGGAUGGUGGAUACAAGCUGCAGCUGCGACGUCGAACAUGGGGAUGUUUUUAGCUGAGAUGAGCAGUGAUUCGUUUCAGCUUCUUGGAAUGGCUGAGCGCGGGAUGCUUCCGGAUGUCUUUGCCAAGAGAUCGCGCUAUGGAACUCCGUGGGUCGGGAUACUGUUCUCGGCUUCUGGAGUGGUUUUGUUGUCGUGGCUAAGCUUUCAAGAGAUUGUGGCUGCAGAGAAUCUGUUGUACUGUUCAGGAAUGGUUUUGGAGUUUAUAGCGUUUGUGAAGCUGAGGAUGAAAUAUCCGGCUGCGUCACGGCCUUUCAAGAUACCUGUAGGGGUUUUGGGAUCGAUCCUCAUGUGCAUUCCUCCAACCGUGCUGAUAGGUGUCAUUGUGGCGUUUUCGAACUUGAAAGUUGCAGCUGUGAGCCUUGCGGCUGUAGUGAUUGGACUUGUGUUGCAACCGUGUCUGAAGAAAGUGGAGAAAAAGGGGUGGCUCAAGUUCUCGGUAAGCUCUCACCUGCCAGACCUGAUGGCGUAA